AUGCUUGGCCGAACUGGCGGCCAUUGCAUCCCGUUGAUUAUCUCUUGGAAGUCUCUCUUCAACAAGCUGUUCUUCAUUUCGCCGGAAAUUGGCUUGAGAAGGUGGAGUUCCACCAGCCUAUUUGAUGCCCAUCAGGCCUUCGCGGAAUCGCCUGAGCAAAACUUGGCCUCUUGGGCGGCCUUAAUCACUUCACUUUAUCGAGAGAAACGGUUUGAGGAAGUCAUUUCUUUGUUUCGGCUAAUUCAGCGCAGCGGCAAUGGUCGUUGGGACUCCCGCCCGGUAAUGCUUUCUGUCCUGAACUCGUGCGCGAAGUUGGCAGCAUUGCCGGAAGGCAGACAGAUUCAUUCGCUUGCUAUAAAAACUAACUCCGUAUCGGACGUUGUGGGUAGGAAUGUUUUGAUAUCGCUAUACGGAAAAUGCUGUAAGUUAGAGGAUGCGGUGAAAGUGUUCGAUGAAAUGCCCGAAAGAGAUUUAGUGUCAUGGUCUUCAGUUCUUUCCGGGUUAUCUCAGAACGGGUUAGCUUGGGAGGCUCUGGAGUUUUCCGUGGACAUGCAUAGACAGGGUGUGGGGUUUAACGACUAUGGCUUCUGUGUUGUGUUGAAAGCUUGCAUUGAUUUAAGUUCUAGUUAUAAUGGCAUGUCCGUUCAUUGUCUUGUGAUCAAAACUGGUUUUGAAGAUCAUGUCUUUGUUGCCAGCUCCCUUGUUGAUAUGUAUGGGAAAUGUGGGGAUACCCAAUGUGCUCGUCGAGCAUUUGAUCAAAUGAAAGAGCCAAAUGUGGUUUCUUGGACUUCAGUUAUUGCAAGUUAUGUUCAGAGUGACAAUGGAGAGGAGGGACUUCAGUUGUUUCGUGAACAAAUGAGAGUUGGGAUGUCUCCUGAUCCUUUCUCCUUUUCAUGCAUACUUAGUGCUUGUGCUAAUUUGCCUGCACUUGAUCAGGGGAAACAGAUCCAUGCACAAGUUAUUAAAUUCGGAUACGCAAUGCAGGUCUUUGCUGGAAAUUCUCUUAUUGACAUGUACUCUAAAUGCGGUUGCUUGGCAGAUGCAAAGCAAGUACAUGUAGAGAUGCCAAUCAGAAACGUAGUCUCAUGGACUGGAAUAAUUUCAGGGUAUGCUCACCAUGGAUUUGGUACAGAAGCACUACAUAUGUUUGAGUUGAUGAAAGAAGCAGAAAUUAAGCCGAACUCUGUGACAUUUGUGUGUGUAUUACAUGCUUGUAGCCACUCGGGCUUGAUUGAAGAAGGAAUGAAGCACUUUAACUCGAUGAAAAAAGACUUUGGGGUUGAGCCGUCUGAAGAGCAUUACACGUGCAUGAUCGAUCUCCUUGGGCGCGCUGGGCAUGUGAAGGACGCAGAGGAAUUCAUGAAGAAGAUGCCAUUUGAGCCUGGUGCAUCCUCUUGGGGUGCAUUAUUGAAUGCAUGCAGGUUGACUGGGGAUGUGGGUCUUGGCGUGAGGUGUGCAGAACAACUCUUCAGGUUGGAGCCUCAUGUUGCUGCUAAUCAUGUGAUGCUGGCUAACAUGUAUGCUGCAAAUAGAAGAUGGCAGGAUGUAGCUAGAGUUAGGUUGCUGUUGAAGGACAAGGGAAUUAAGAAAGACAGUGGGUACAGUUGGACAGAGGCAGCAGGAAAUGUCCAUGUUUUUGGUGUGGAUGAUAACAUGCAUCCACAGAGUGAGCUCAUUUACUCUACUCUUGAACAUCUGUAUAUGGAACUGAAAGAUUCAGGGUAUGCCCCUGAUUUAACUAAUUCUUUUUCUUAG